AUCACACCAAGCAAACAAGUUAAAGUUGCCUUCAAAUUUUCGUAGAAAAAUUUUUAGUUAAACAUAAAUUGAAAUUAGUUUUUUUUUUUUUUUUUUUUUUGAAUCGUGAUGAGCUACACAAAUCUCCUGCGCCAUCAGAAUGUGGUCGAUGACUGCCAGCGGGUGAGCUGCAACCGCACUCCGCCGAUCACUGUCACCGGGCGCUGUGUGAUCAGUCGGGACAUCGUGAUCGGCUGCCGCAUGGAACAGUGCGAUCCGGACAUGCCCUACAUGCUGGAGCCGACGUGGGGCGUCUACCUGCGCCCAGGUCGCGAUGGCGGCGACCUGUCGCGGUUCGUGCGGCGCGUCACCUUCAAGAUGUCGCCGCGCCUGCCGCUGCGACUGCACGUGGCGGACAGCGCUCCGUUUGAGAUUGGCGAGGUACUGGGCAGCGACUUUCCCGUGGAGGUGCAGGUGCAGUAUAUGGAUGCCCGCAUGUCGGCCACCUCGUACAUCUUCCGGCCGCGCGUGGUGCGCGAGGGUCACGCCGGUAUUUGCGAGGAGAUGCUCGACAAGAUGAUAUUCGUCAAUCCCUCGCCCAUGAUGAGACAGAAUCUAACGCCCGUGCUUGUGCCCAGUGCAAAUGGUGCGCCCGGGGACAGGACAUCGCCCCAGUUUGCAAUGGAGUCCGCCAUGCCGGAGACACCGGGUGAGCGAAAGGAACAGGACCGGGAUCGGGAGCAGGUGGGCGAUGUGGCGCGACCCUCGCAGCCGCCGGCAAAGCAGCCCAAGAAGCGUCUAAGUGUGGGCAUACCCCAUCCCAUCGGUCAUCAGUAGUCGUGUAUAGAUACAUUGGGCUCUAUGAAAGGAACAACUGAGAAUGUUUGUUGUCCUGGCAUGUGCAGUUACUGGAUUGGCAUUGGAUACGUUUAAAUUACUAAAUAAAUUAUGAAUUUCAUUUACUUCU